AUGCAUGACCGCCGCAGGCUGUCCCACUCCUGCUCGUUCUCGUCGGCGGCUGCGCCGCUGCCGUCGCCGGCGUCGUCGACCUCGUCCAGGGGCUACCGCGUGGCGGCGUCCAACAAGUCGUCGUGCGAGAGCAUCCCCGUCGUCGUCCCGGCGGAGCUGGAGAAGCAGGCGUCCUUCUCCUCCUCGGCGUCGUCGUACGAGAGCUUCUUCCAGCUCGAGGAGGCCUACCUCAACCGCGUCGACCCUGCGACGGCGAUGACGCAGGCGCCGCCCGUCCAGGCGAUGGUGGUCUCCGGGGAGCAGCAGCAGCCCGCGGGGUACGACCCGAGGAGGCUCCCGUCGUCGAUGUUCCGGACGGAGUCGACGAGCCCCACCGACAUGGUCAACUGGAGCUUCACCUCCAACGACUCGCUGUUCAGCAUCCAGGUCCCCAACUCCGGCGAACUCAGCUCGCUCUACAACGACAACAGCGGCGACCUGUACUACGACGCCACCGGCGGAGGGUUCCGCCGCAUCCCCUCCGCCGCCGGGGCCGGGCACGAGGAGGCGUUGUGGAGGCUCUCGUCCGUCUCGGAGAGGUUGUCGGGGACACCAGACACCACCGCCGGCGCCGGCGGGGGCCUGUGCGCGAGCGACGGCGCCUGCGCCAGGUGCAGCACCGCCGGGAGGAACAGGAAGUCCGUCAGGUUCGCCUCCGCCGCUGAGAUCGUCUCCGGCGAGAGCAGCCACUCCGACGUCUUCCUCACGCUCGCGGACGCGCUGGGCCGGGAGGCGCCAGCCACCACGGAAGGGGAGGAGACGAAGAACCCCGACACCGGCACGGCGGGACAGUGGUGGUGCGCGUUCCGGUGCUGCUGGCCGUCGCCGCCGACGGUGUGGUGGUGGCCGCGCUGCGGGUGCGGCGGUGGUGGCUGCGGCGCCUUCCGCUGCGGCGAGUUCUGCCGGUGCUAGAACAGGUGGACGGGCGUGAAAUUUGGCGGGAGAGUUGGGGGGCAUUGCGCGCCAUGUAGAGGAGGGCGAUUUGAACGCGGUCUUGGUUCGAAUGUCUGCGACUGGGUGGAUCAAUGUUUGAAUAGAGAGAGAUGGUUUUUUUAGGCAUAUUUGUGUGUGAAAAAAGAAAAGGAAAGCAACCGUGCAGUUGUGCUCUGUUCUUGCCUCUGUUCUCGUCAGUUUCUUCUCUUGCUGU